UUCGGCAAUGGAUAGCAACAGUUGGAGGGCGCCUCAAGGCCAGAUGGCUCAGGGUCCUCCUCAAGGUGGUCAAGUAGGCGGCAGUGGAGAAGUAUCGGCUGUCCCAAAUCCAGCUCCGCCCGCUACUAUUGACAGCGGCGAUUGGAGGACUCAACUCCAAGCUGAUUCUCGUCAAAGAAUCGUAAAUAAGAUAAUGGAGACUUUGAAGAGGCAUCUGCCAUUCUCUGGACAAGAGGGACUGCAAGAACUUAAGAAAAUUGCUGUGAGGUUUGAGGAAAAGAUUUAUACUGCAGCAACUAGCCAGUCAGAUUAUCUGAGAAAGAUAUCUUUGAAGAUGCUGACAAUGGAAACUAAGUCCCAAAAUCCCAUGGCUAAUCCGCUACAAGCUAAUGCUGCCAAUGCAAGCAAAAAUCCUCCAGACCAAGGAGUUGGUGCUGCUAAUGUUCUCUAA